UUCGCUUCCUUUUGGUCGGUUCGGCCUCUGGAGCGUUGUGUCAGGUUCUAGGUGACGGGACCGAGAAGGUCCGAGAGGAGGGUCUGUCCCCGCUACACAGGCGCGCGUCUGAGGCUCGGCGACGCAGCCGGGGGUGCCCUGCGCCAGGCCCGGGAGAGUGACCGUCGUGCCCGCGUCUCGCCUCCUCUCCCGCCGCUCCCGGCCCCGCUCCGCCCAGGGAGUCCGAUGGCGGCGGCGGCCCUGAGGGACCCGCCUGAGGGUGGUGUGACCUUUGAGGACAUUGCCCUGUACUUCUCCUGGGAGGAAUGGAAGCUCCUUGAUGAGGCUCAGAGACGCCUGUACCAUGAUGUGAUGCUGGAGAACUUUGCACUUGUAUCUUCACUGGGUUGCUGCUGUGGAGCAGAGGAUGCAGAAGCACCCUUUCAACGAAGCAUUUCUAUAAGCAUGUCACAGGCCAGGACUCCCAGGGCAGGCUCAUUUUCCCAGAAGAGCCACCCGUGUAAGAAGUGUACUCUGGUCUUGAGAGGUAUUUUUCACUUGGCUGAGCAUGAAGAAGCACAACACAGCCAGAAAGUGUUCAGGUGUAGAAUAUGUAUGAAACAAUUUCAUUUUAGUGCAAACCUCCAAAAACACCAGAAGCAGCAUAUGGAAGAGAAAUCCUUCAGAAAUGCUGUAGUCAGGGCCUUGUUUGUGAAGAGCUUCAAAUGCCAUGUGUCAGGAAAGCCCUUUACCUGUGAGGAAGUUGGGAAAGACUUUCUGGCCACCUUGGGACAUCUCCAGCCACAGACCACUCACACCAGGGAGAAGCCAAACAAGAUUGCCCAGCGUGAGGCAACUUUACCAAGCAGAGAAAGUCAUUACAGCCAGGGAGAAUGCAAGAAAGCCUUCAGCCUGAAACAUGCACUUGUUCAGGACCAGGGUGUCCACCCUGGAAGACAUUGUUUUGUGUGCAGUGAAUGUGGGAAGACAUUCAGGUACAAAUCCUCAUUUGUUGUACACCAGAGAGUGCAUACUGGAGAAAGGCUUCAUGUGUGUCGUGAAUGUGGAAAAUCUUUCAGGCGAACCUCAACCCUCAAUCUGCAUCGAAGAAUUCAUACUGGGGCAAGGCAGUACAAGUGCAGCAGAUGUGGGAAAUCCUUUAACCAAAACUUUGUCCUUAUUUAUCCCUGGAGAAGUCACAUUGGAGAAAAUUGUUACUUGUGCAGUGAAUGUGCGCAGUUUCCUAGCUGUAGAUCCAUCCUAAUUCGACAACGGACAGUUCACACUGGAGAAAGGCGUUAUGAGUGUACUCAAUGUGGGAUAUCUUUUAGACGAAAAUUUUACCUCAUUGUACACUGGAGGGUUCACACAGGAGAAAGGCCUUAUGAUUGCAGUGAGUGUGGGAACUCUUUUAACAAUAGCUCGGUGCUCAUCCUACACCAGCGAGUACAUAAAGGGGAAAGGCCUUUUGCUUGCAGUGAAUGUGGGAAAUCUUUUACCAAUAGCUCGAUACUCAUUCUCCACCGGAGAGUUCACACAGGAAAAAGGCCUUAUGAGUGCAAUGAGUGUUGGAAAUCCUUUAGUCGUCAAUCUUACCUCACUCAGCACUGGAAGGUUCAUAGUGGAAAAAGGCCUUAUGAAUGCAGUGAAUGUGGGAAAUCUUUUAUGUCUCGCCGUGGCCUCCAUUAUCAUCAGAGAGUUCACACUGGAUCAAGGCCUUAUGAAUGUAGUGAAUGUGGGAAAUCUUUUACUUCUCACUCUGGCCUUCGUUAUCAUCAAAGAGUUCACACAGGAGAAAGGCCUUAUGAGUGCUGUGAGUGCGGAAAAUGUUUUACCUCCAGCUCUGCCCUGUGUUAUCAUCAGAAGACUCAUGCUGGAGAUAGGCCUUAUGAGUGCACCGUAUGUGGGAAAUGUUUUUCCUCUGGUUCCACCCUCAGUAAUCAUCAGAGAGUUCACACUGGAGAAAGGCCUUAUGUGUGCAGUCAAUGUGGGAAAUCUUUUUUCUCUAGUUCCAACCUCAGUAAUCAUCAGAGAAUUCACACAGGAGAAAGGCCUUAUGUGUGCAGUGAAUGUGGGAAAUCCUUUAUUCAAAGGUGUUCCCUUCUUAAACACCAGAGAGUUCACACAGGAGAAAGGCCUUAUGUGUGCAGUGAAUGUGGGAAAUCCUUCACCCAAAGAUGUCACUUUCUUAUACACCAGAGAGUUCACACAGGAGAAAGGCCUUACAAGUGCAGUGAAUGCGGGAAAUCUUUUUCCACUAGUUACAACCUCAGUAAUCAUCAGAGAAUUCACACAGGAGAAAGGCCUUAUUUGUGCAGUGAAUGUGGGAAAUCGUUUAUCCAAAGAUCUUACCUUCUUAUACACCAGAGAGUUCACACAGGAGAAAGGCCUUAUAAGUGUAAUGAAUGUGGGAAAUCUUUUACCACUAGGAGGAACCUUCGUUAUCAUCAGGGAGUUCACACUGGAUAAAGGCCUUAUGAUUGCAGUGAAUGUGGGAAGUCUUAUAUCUAUAGUUCCAUCCUCCAGGAUCAUCAGAGAAUUCAUGUAAUCAAAAGGUCUUAUGGGGGCUUCCCUGGUGGCUCAGUGGUUAAGAAUCUGCCUGCCAAUGCAGGGGACACGGGUUCGAACCCUGGUCUGGGAAGAUCCCACAUGCUGCGGAGCAACUAAGCCUGUGCAUCACAGCGACUGAGCCUGCGCUCUAGAGCCUGCAAGCCACAACUACUGAAGCCCGCAUGCCUAGAGCCCGUGCUCCACAACAAAGAGUAGCCCCCACUUGCCACAACUAGAGAAAGCCCGCACCCAGCAACAAAGACCCAACUCAGCCAUAAAUUUAAAAAAAUAAAAAAUAAAAAAAUAAAUAUUUCUAAAAAGGUCUUAUGAAUGCACUGUAUAUGGAAAUUCGUUUAGAGCAAAUUCUUAUCUCACUGAACACUGUAGAGUUCACAAUGCAGCAAAGCCUUAUGCAUGCAGUGAAUGUGGGAAAUCUUUUUCAUCUAGGUCCAGACUCUGUUAUCAUCAGAGUGUUAUGAUCAGAACAGGGUCAAGGCCUUAUGAGUAUAACGAAUGUGGGAAAUCUUUUUUGAAGAGUUCUUCACUCAUGCAAUAUCACGGAAUUCACACAGGGGAAAGGCCUUAUGAGUGCAGUGAAUGUGGGAAAUCUUUUACUUUUAGAUUUUACUUCAUCAUCUUCAGAUGGUUCACACAGGAGAAAGUACUUAUGACUACAGUAAAUGUGGGAAAUCCUUUAGGGAUAAUUCUCAAUUAAGUCAGUACUGCAGAGCUCACACUGGAGAAAGCCGUUAUGAGUGCACUGUAUUUGGGAAAUUAUUUAGCCAUAAAUCUCACCUUUCUCAAUACUGGAGACUUUAUGCUAGAAAAAGGUCUUAUGAGUGCAAUGAGUGAAGGAAAUCUUUUACCUGUAUUUCUAGUCUUCAUUAUCAUUAGAGAGUUCAUAUAGGAUGAAGACCUUAUGAGUGUAAGGAAUGUGGGAACUCUUUUUCCCAUAGGUCAGCACUCAUUUGACAUGGGAGAGUUCACACAGGAGAAAGGCCUUAAUGAGUGCAGUGAAUGUGGGAUAUCUUUUAUCCAAAGAUGUCACCUAAUACACCAGAGAGUUCACACAGGAGAAAGGCUUUAUGAGUGUAGUGACUGUGAGAAAUCUUUUACUACUGGGUCUGGCCUCCAUGAUCAUCUGAGAGUUCACACUGGAGAAAAGCCUUAUGAGUGCAGUGAAUGUGGGAAAUCUUUUUCAUCUAGGUCUGGUUUCCAUUAACAUCAGAGUUCACACAGGAUCAAGGCCAUAUGAGUGUAGUGAAUGUGGGAAAUCUUUUAUUUGUAGUUUCAUUCUCCAUGAACAUCAGAGAAUUCACACUAACAAGAGGCCUUAUAAUGCACUGAAAGUGGGGAGUCCUUUAGAGCAAAUUCUUAUCUCAUUGAACACUGUAGAAUUCAUACUGGAGAAAAGCCUUAUAAAUGCAGUGAAUGUGGGAAAUCUUUUUCGUCUAUGUCCGGCUUCUGUUAGUUCACACAGGAUCAAGGCCAUAUGAGGGUAGUGAAUGUGGGAAAUAUUUUCCCCAGAGCUCUGCAGUCCUUCACCAUCAUUGUUCACAGUCCUUCACCAUCAGUGUUCACAGAGGUGAAAGGCCUCAAGUGUCUGGUGAAUGUGGGAAAUCCUUUACCUCUAGUUCCACCCUUUAUUCAUAUCAGAGAGUUCACAGGAAAAGCCCUAUUCGUGCCAGGAAUUUGGGGAAUUCUUUCCUAAAGAAUUUUCCUCAUUAUACAUGGUAGAGUUUACACUGGAGAAAGGCCUUGAGCAUGCAAGGAAAUGUGCAAUUUUCUAGUUCAGGGUAACAACGUUGGAAGAAACUGAGGAGCCGCCCAUCUGAAUUCAAUCUCAUAUAUCCAGUUGUCCACAGGGGGAGAUACCCCUUAAGUUUCAGUUGUGUGGGAAGCAUGUGUGGCUAUAUUGCACCUUGUAAUCUGUCCAGGGCUUUCCCCAGAUUUAUGUCACUGCCCGUUUCUGUGGCCAUUUUACCUCUAUCACCUGGCAGGUCCACACAGUGUGCAUCAGUCACCAGCCCAGUGCGCUCAGGGAAACUGACCUCUGUUCUUCCACGUGUUGGAGCAAGCCAGGAGUAGUAGCCCAGUCCCUUCAGGGUUGGUGUUCCCCCCUCUUUGACUAGAUGUACAAAAGCCUGAAGGAAUGUUGUCCCGGAGAACGUCAUAUGAAUUCAGCUGACAAUGUGCAGAGAAGGACAACGUUUUCCAGGGACAUGUACUCACAUGCUCAGUUUUUCUGUCUAGCAAGUCACCAACCCAAACUGUGUGCCACACAUUGUUUUGGUUUGUAUAAUAUGGAUGCCUUACUGUUUAAGGCCUAUUUUGUUUUGGAGUUCUUUGUACUGCUAGAGGUUUUUUAUAAGGAGAUUUGGGCUCCACAGGCAUGGGCCUCAGGGAGGAUAGUAUGAUGGCAAAAAGUGGCUUGCCAUUUUUGGCCAAAUUUUCAUUGGUGCCAGUGAAGUCGUAGGAGAGAGGGCAGGGCUUUUUGGUCCUCAUUUGAAGCCUGGAUGCUAUGAGUUUUAGGAGACUCAUACAUCACCCUGAAGAGGAGUAAGAUGUGACAACCUCAAGUUCUUGGAGCAGCAUGAAUUUUUUCUCCUGUUCACAGGGGGUAUCACAAGAGAUGUCAGCACUGUUGAGAAGAAUCUCCUCCCUUGGUUUUGCCAAGAGCAUGUGCCCUGAUGUCCACAAUUCCAUGGGUGACAGUCACUGGUUGUAAGACUAUAGGGGCCAGGGGAAACUGAAACUUCUACAGAAACUGGGUUAGUAGGGAGCAGAGGAGACAGCAGCCAGCUCAUUGGAAUGUGCCUCUUCUAAAAGUGCAUCCACAGAUGUCUUUGUGACGAUGACCGAUGUGCACGAUCAGCGUGUACACAAAUCUCAGGACCUCCAGCCAUGUUUAUCUUGUGUAGCUGAGGUCAUUGUCAGAGAAGAUAAUUGGAAAGUUUUGUGGAUUUUUGUAACCUCCCUGCAAUGUUCGCCUCAAGGCCAUUGCUGCACAGGCAGAAAAAAGAAAGGUAGAGAAAAGUAGUCCAGGGAUGUGGCUCUUGUGAGCCAGCCAGCAUUCCUGUUGACUGAAGUGGAAAUGUCCUUUAUUACUCGCCAGUGUUUGCUGCCACUGAGGCAAGACUGACCCCCAGAGGGCAUGACAAAAAGAUGGUGGAGUCAAUAUAGGGCUGUCAAAUCUAUUUUCCAAAAAAGUGGGGCAUACAGAUUUUGUUUAUCUUAAAGUGGUUUUUUUUAAAGCUUUAUUUAGGUGUAAUUUACAUGUAGUAAAGUACACAUAUUUAAAGUGAAAUAUUUGGUAAAUAUUGACAUACACAUGAUACCUGUGAAAACAUCAUCACAGUCAUGGUAAUGACCAUAUCUCUCACCAUGUAUUUGUCUGAUGUCCUUUUACAGUCUCUGUGUCCCUGCCCUUUACAGCCCUCCAAGCCACCAUUGAUUUAUUUUCCAUUAUAAUAGAUACCUUUACUUUUUCUAUAAUUUAUAUGAUGGAAUCCUUAAAUGUUUACUCUCUU